CAUGCAGCACUACCCUAUGCGAGCUCCCUGCGAGAGCUAUGCUGUGCGAGCCUUCGUUCUGCAGCGUUAUGCUCUUCAGACAUCACUGUGACCCUGCCCUGGGUGAUAGUCUCUUGCAAUAGCUGCAGAGCAACAGCUCAGACUGAUGAGCAAGGAAGUCAGUCAGCUGUUUUUGAACAACCAAUGACAAUGUGUUUGCCCUUUUCUCUUUUAUAUAUAUAAUUACACACAGAGGGAUUCACUGCCGAGGAGCUGGUUUCAGUGAGCACCACAAUUACAGAAACUGGGAUCUAGGCCGGUAAUCGUACCACCAUGGAUCGUAGUGUCCUUCACGAAAUCGAUGAGGAUCUGGGCUCGGAAGAGGUGGUAGCUUUGAAAUUUCUGUGCCGUGAUCACAUCCCGAAAAAGAAGCAGGAGGCCAUAAGAGAUGCCAAAGACUUAUUUAUCAAACUGAGGGAGCAGGGAAAGCUGGGGGAUGACGACCAGGUCAUUGUCCCUGAGCUCCUCUACACAAUUAGGAGAUUCGACCUGCUGAAACUGUGCGGAACGUCCAAACAAGAGGUUCAAAACAGACUCGACACGCCAGGAAAGAUAUCUGAAUACAGGAAAAUGCUCUAUGACAUUUCUGAAAACGUAACUACAAAUGAAGUGAAGGCAAUCAAAUCCUUGCUGACUGAAGAGCUCCGCAGGUCCACAUUGAAAGACAACGCAACUAUACUUGAUGUUUUUGCGGAAAUGGAGAAGAUGGAGAUAUUGGGAGAAGACAAGCUGAAUGAGUUAGAAUAUGUGUGCGGUAAAACCAACAAAGACUUAGUCCAAAGGAUUGAGGAGUAUAAACAGAAACAAGCUGCAGUAACCCAGACGCCCGAUCCCACUGACUCGUGCCGAAGUGCAGCUCCAGUUUCUCCUAGCAGAGACGCCUCCAGAGAAGAUCCCACCAGACAGCCUCCACAGCACUCCCAGCAGUUUGGAAAUCAUACGCGUGAUUUACAAGGCCAGCGAUCUUCACCAAACGGUGAAGUCCUCCUGAGUCUCAGCCUUGAUGCGGGGCCUGUGUCUGUAGCAUCUCUGGACAACAAGGUUGAUGCUUAUAAAAUGACGAGCAGGCCCAGGGGCUAUUGUGUGAUAAUAAACAACAAGGACUUUGAAAAAGCAAGGCUGAAAGUUCCUUCACGACCUUUGAACGACAGAGAAGGCACAGAUAUCGAUGCUGAGUAUCUGACGAAGGUCUUUAAGUGGUUGCAUUUUGAAGUUGUGCAGUACAAUGACCAGGCAGCAAGUGAAAUCCGUUCCACUAUGGAGGAGUAUCGCCAGCAGGACCACAGUAACAGGGACUGCUUCAUCUGCUGCAUCCUCUCCCAUGGAUUGAAGGGAGCCAUUGAGGGCACAGACGGCUCUUCUGUCUCCAUUCGGGAAAUAACCUCCUAUUUUACUGGCAGUAGUUGCCCUUCUCUUAAGGAAAAGCCAAAGGUCUUUUUCAUCCAAGCUUGCCAGGGGCAAAAAACCCAAAUAGCUGUGAAAAUCCAUGCAGACGGUGAAGGUCCUGCUUCACAACCGGAAACUGAACCCGAGCCUGAAGCGGAUGCAGGCCCAGUACAGGCGGACACCAUCCCCAACGAUUCAGACUUCCUCCUCGGCAUGGCUACAGUGGAGGAUUACUUAUCCUACAGAAGUGUCUCCAAAGGUUCCUUCUACAUGCAGGCCCUGUGCAGGAAUCUGGAGCUGCUCUGCCCCAGCAAUGAAGACAUUCUGAGCAUCCUGACCACAGUGAACAGAGAUGUGAGCAGCGAAACCUUUAUGAACAGAGAAAACGUUACGAACAACAAGCAGAUGCCAGAGCCGAGAUAUACCCUGACAAAAAAACUCUUCUUCCCUACAUCUUGAGUGUGAAAACAAAGCUGAAAAGAAGCAAAUGUCUGUGCUGCCGCUUAGCAAUAAAUGGAAAAAAAAUGUAAUGUAAAAAACAGUAUCCUAUUCCUUUCUGCUAAUUUGGUGGAAUAAAACUGCAUUUAGUCAUUGGAUUUAGAGCAUCUGUUCACAAAGCGCAUGGUUACCUGUCAGAAUUGUAUUCCAUCAUGUUAAUGUGUUUUUGUAACCUACAUACACAUACAGUACAAUACAAUACAAGGUCAACUACAUUGAAAUUGCUCUUUUAAUCUUUAUCAUACAGGGUCGCUUCAAAUACCUGUGUUGGAUUUUGUACCAGACUCAA